UCGCAAGAUAGUGUAUGGACAUUGUCGCCAGAUAGUGUAUGGACAUUGUUGCAGUCGGAAGAACAAUAUGCGAGAGCACAAGGAGAUAUUUACAUGCAUUCCUUUCUUAGUUAUAAAGCUCUCGUGGCGACAUCACCGUUUAACACUUUUAAAGACGCAACUAGUCGUACGGGAUGAGGUUAUUGUGAAUUUAAGAAUAAAAGUUAUUGUGAAAUACAUACGCUUUCGAAAACAAAUGAUAAAUGUUGGAUUCGAUACAGAGAAGAUUAAGUGUAUCGGAGUGAUGAGAUAAAGUAAACAUCAUUUUUAGACUUGAACGUGAAAGACUUCAGCAAUCUAAAAUAAAUGAUCGAAGUUUAAUUAACUAAUUAAUUACUGAAAAGAAAAACACAGUGUAAAGUGAUUGAAGUGAUUGAGUUUGAAUUUAUAAAUGACAUAGCUAAUAACUCAUGAAUGAAUUUAAUAUGUUUUUUUACAAAGCACAGCACAGGAUAGUCUGAGAGGUCGGUGAACAAACUGGACAUUCUGACGUGCUAUUUCAGUUCUGGAUGCAUUUCAUUCUGCACAGCACAGGAUAGUCUGAGAGGUCGAUGAACAAACGGGACAUUCUUACGUGCUAUUUCAGUUCUGGAUGCAUUUCUAUGCUGCAUGUUGAAAUAACAUCCUCAUUCUGAUGCACGAUGGAACGAAAAUGGUGAAUUUACACGCAAUCAUAUGUAACGGAUUAUUUUGGGCUAGCAUGUGCGUUCAUGCUUAUACAUCUGUAGAUACUUCAAACAACACUUCAGACACAUGUUCUUGGCGUUGGGGCAUCUUUACACCAGACGACUUUUACCUGAAUUCGUGUUCGUGGUGUUACUUCUACCUGUUUCCUGGGAAAAACCUUUAUCCUUUCCGAGAUAAAUACUUGCUUUUAAGAGUGAACCACAGCGGGUGGAGCCCGGGUAAUACGUUUUUGGCGGACGCCAACAACGCCACGUCACGAGGUUUAGUAUGUUCAACACUUACAGAGGACCAGUGUAAUGUUUGGACUAUGUGCUGCAAUGACGGAAGGAAGUGUUGCGCGAGGCAGUUGGAAAAGCAACGUGACGCCACAUAUACAAACGUGACGACAUCCUGUGGGGUCACCUGGGAUGGUUACUUGUGCUGGGAUGGCGGGACGCCGGGAACUAAUAGCUACCUUUCCUGUCCUAGUUACUUGAAAUACUCAGUUCCUACAAGACAGGCGGUAAAAAGCUGUUUGAGCAAUGGGACGUGGUAUAAGAAAACGGGUCAGGAAUGGUCAGACUACACCCCUUGUUUGUCAUACGAGGAAUCGAAGGUGACUCUGUACAUCAGCCUCGGAUGUCGUGUAGGCAGUUUGAUCUGCCUGAUACCCUCGCUGGCAAUAUUCAUCUCAUACAAGUCUCUCCGACGGCAGCAUCGUAUCCGGUUACAUAUCAAUUUCUUCACCUCCUUCGUCUGCAGCAACACAAUCAACGUGCUCUGGGAUGUCCUUGUCACGCAUGAUAGGCUCACUAAUCCCGUCGUGACUGACACACUGAUUUACAAGGACCUGGUACUUUGCAAGGUGAUGGCGUUCUUAAAGAUGUACUUCCAGUGUACCAACUACACAUGGAUGUUCUGUGAAGGCCUAUAUCUCUAUCGCCUGAUAGCAAAUGCAUUCUCGCCGCCCAAGAAACUUAUCCUUGUAUAUUUGUCUGGCUGGGGCGUUCCGGCUUCCUACUGUUUAGCAUACGCAAUCGUCCGUGUUGUCCAGGCAAACGGAAGUUGUUGGCUGACAAGUCUUGGGCAUCAAGAAUGGAUUUUGUAUGCGCCAAAUUUAGCGUGCUUGGUUCUUAAUAUUUUCUUCCUGUGCAGCAUUUUAAGGAUACUACUAACCCAGCUACAGACACAUCCAAAUGAACCCAGUAAUUUCAGACGUGCCCUGAAAGCGACGUUUGUUUUAAUACCCUUGUUCGGUAUACAACUCGCGUUCACUGUGUACAGAAUUCCUCCAGAGGUCUCCUGGAGCGUCCAUUAUGAACGAGUCACGGAAGUUAUGACCCAUUCACAGGGUUUGUUCGUUGCGCUGGUGUUCUGCUUCUUUAACGGAGAGGUGGCUACGCAAUUAAAACGAACAUGCCACAGGGUGUUGGAGGACAAAAUAACAAGUGGCUCCCACAAAAUGAACACGACCAUCAGUCUUAACUUCAAUCAUUCGGUCACACAGCGAAGUAGUGUACAAUCCCGUCGAAACAGUUUGGAGCCCUGCCUGCCGCAAGCCACUGCAAAAUCCAAGUGUAAAUCGGAUACCACUGCACAUUCGCAGUUGUUGUAGAAUUGCAUGCGUUAAGCGAUGGCCGGUUUCCCUUAUCUUAUCAACCCAGUAAUGCCUAGUGUCUAGACAAAAGGAUCAUUUCUCUGCGUUUCGUCAAAAUUGUUUAUCUGUCUUUUUUCUUCGUCUCCUUUGUCAUCGUUUUUGUUUUAUAUGGACGCUUGUUUUAAAUCAGUACGAUGUGUGUAAUGAUAUAGUGUUAAUGUGAUGCUAUCAUUUAAAUCACAUAUGUUUGAACUCUAAUAAAAAGCAUGUUGUCACUCAGCAUGUUAAUACAUUUUGUCAAUACACAAUUAUAGUAACAACAAAUUAAUAACAUUGUUUGGUAUUGUUAUAGAGUUAUAAAUGCAUAUAAUUCUAAACAUCAAUAUAAACAAAUGUAGGAUAUAAAUAUAUGAGCUACGUUAACUAAAAUUAAUUAACAAUUAGUAAUAGUGAAUAGAUUUUAACUAGAAUUGCAUUAAUUUGUCAUAUUCUGAAUAUUUUUAUUAACAUCAUAUGUGAUUGAUAUAUUUAUAAAUCUUCGCAUAUCACACACAAAUAAAACGACAUGUUGUGUUUACUGUUCAAUUUUUGUAUGUUAUGUGUUCGUGACUUAGUUAUGUAUAUGUACAUUACCAAACAUCCGUCAGUGUGCUUUUUCUUAUCGUACCAAUGUUAACCCAUUCAUGCCUAGCGUCCUGAAAAAAGGACA